CCAUGCCAAAACAUGAAUUCUUUGUAGACAUGAUCCAUGAAGGGUGUCCUAAUGCCGCCAGCUGUGUUCUCAACAAGCUGGGAGGUGUUCAGUUUGAAAUUGACCUGCCCAGCGACAAGGUGAAUAUAGACUCAGAGCACAGUGUUGACACCUUGCUGAACACCCUGAAGAAAACUGGGAAGGAUGCCUCCUACCUUGGAGACAAAUAGCCACACAGGAAGACUUGGCCGGUGGGGCUACUCUGCUUUAGGAAAGCAACGCUUAACAUGGCUUCUGUCAGAAGGCAGCUGUUUACACUUCUGUCAAUCUUCCUUUGACCACAGUUGUGCUGCCAGAUGUUGGAGAAGAGGGGAAGGGUGGGAGGAAGAAGAAGUCCUUUGGUGGGGGAAGGACUAUGAGAAAUUUUGACCGCAGAUGUCCCAUGUCUUAUCCUACAGCAGUAGUGUUUCUUCUCUUUGGCCUUGUAAUAAAACUUGAA